CUGAAUGGCACGAGGCGGACUAGUGUCACUCAUCUGCAGCUUGUGCAGUUCGGAGUAUUUUCUCUCUGGCAGUAUUUUUUCCAGCCGGACUAUGAGAGCCACCAGCAGCCCGACCUGGAGCUCCUGGAUCAGAGGAACGGAGGCGAGGAGCCCGGCACAGGGCCAGAACAUGGGGUGAUAUGAGGACUAUCCUCUGCUGACCUUAAUGCAGAUGACCAGUGAUGGCCACAGCAUCACCUCAACAUUUGUUGGAUGACCUAAUAAACACAGGACAACAACAGGACCAGCAGCAGGAAUUCCUGAGCUCACUGGAGACAGCUUUCCUCACCAUCUUUCUCUCCAUCGUUAUUAUAAUGACAGUGUUCGGCAACCUGCUGGUCAUGGUGGCACUCUGCAAGGACAGACAUUUACGAAAGAAGAAGACAAACUACUUCAUUGUGUCGUUGGCGUUCGCCGACUUGUUGGUAGCGUUGUUGGUGAUGCCUUUCGCUGCGAUCGAGCUGACCACCGGCGAGUGGCGAUACGGAGAGAUCUUCUGCCUGGUCCGAACCUCUCUGGACGUCCUGCUGACUACAGCGUCCAUCCUGCACCUCUGCUGCAUAGCGCUGGACAGGUACUACGCUAUCUGCUGCCAGCCACUCGUCUACAGACACAAGAUGACUCCAGUCCGAGUGGCAGUGAUGCUCAGCGGCUGUUGGCUCAUCCCCAUAUUCAUCUCCUUUCUACCCAUAAUGCAAAGCUGGAACGCCAUUGGCAUCGAGGACAUUAUUGAGGAGAGGCGAGCCUUGGCCGGAGGCUCCAACGACACAAGCUGUGUGUUUCUGGUGAACCGGCCGUACGCUCUGAUCUGCUCCGCGGUGGCCUUCUACGUCCCGUUGGCCCUCAUGGUCCUGGCCUACCAGAGGAUCUACGUCACCGCCAUGACCCACGUGAGGCAGAUCGAGACACUACAGCGGGCCGGCUCCGCUCCCGUCUGCGGGACGGCUCCAUUGGUCACCGUAAGGUCCUCCACCUCCUCAGAUCCAUCCGAGCAUUAUCGCCUGAGGACGACAACUGGCUCCACCUCCUCAGAGCACGCUCCCAUGGCCAACAGCCGCAUGCGUGUCGAGACCAAGGCGGCAAAGACGCUGGCGGUUAUAAUAGGUUGUUUCUGCCUUUGCUGGGCACCGUUCUUCAUCACCAACGUGGUGGACCCCUUCAUUCAUUACUCAGUGCCCUGGCAGCUGUGGACAGCCUGGCUGUGGUUGGGGUACAUUAAUUCAGGGUUGAACCCCUUCCUCUACGCCUUUCUGAACCGGGCGUUUCGGAGGGCGUUUCUGGUGAUCCUCUGCUGUGGGGAUGAGCGGUACGCACGGCAGGGGAGCUGCUCGUAUGGACCCACCCACAGAGCGUGCUCGGCCGCGUCGGUCAACGGGACGUCUAUGGCACUGAGAUUGUCCUUCCUGCCGAACCGCAGCUACAGUGACAACGGGCGGACGAUCCUGGCCAACGACCAGGAGUCCCAGGACUCCCUCGGACCGCUAUGAGGACGUCGAGACAAGAGCUGUGACAUCAGCUGAUUUCGGGACCUUCGAGAUGGCCUCCGUGGUAACUGACCUGCCUAUGAGGAGCUUCUCCUACCUGGAUAUUCACUCUGUGAUCCAGAUGGCUUUUGACAUACGCUGUUCAGGGUUAGAGGCACUAUUGCUGGAACCAGA